AAAUAUGCAAUCCACUUAAUUGCCUUAGGACAUAGUGCCAUUUCUUAACCACUAUGGUCAGAUAUUCCAGCUGGAAUAUCAACAGAGGGGACAGAAAAGAAAGAAAGAGACCACGGAAAGAUGUCACAAGGAGAUGUUGAAUCAACUUUGUUUCACAUAUUUGUAAUUGGUUUUCAUCACCAAAAAGGAACUCAGGUAGAGUUCUGCUAUCCAGAAAUAAAUGAUCCAUUGCUUGAAAAAAAAGAAGGCGAAGACAUAUCACUUCCAAAACAAUGGCAUGCUCUUCCUUACCUUGCAAUGCCAGAUGGUGCGCACAAUUAUGAAGAAGAUCACUCUUUCUUUCAUUUGCCUGCACUUACGAAAGGAUCAAAGCUAUCUACAGAUACUAUAUAUGCUGUGUCAUGUUUCCGUCAGAUCGAUAGCAAGAAAUUAAAAAAUAAAGAUGAAAAUGUAACAAGAACAACAGUUCAAAAAAGUGUUUGUGUUCUUAUGAAAAUGCCCUUAUACAGUUUUGUGUUAUCAAAGCUAGAACUUGUCACACAUGCAUAUUUUAACGAAUUAGAUUUCACGAAAACAGAUAUAUUAAAGGAAUGCUUUGAUAAUUUGAGUCAACAAUUGACAAGCAUAAAACUAGAUAAUUCCAUAUUUCACUUAGGUUUGGAAUUACGAGACAUUGUCUUGAACUUUAAACAAAAGGUUUUGAUGAUUUUCAAGUUAUUACUGCUAGAGAAAAAGGUUGUGUUCUGGGGAAACCCUGUUAAAGAUGUUUGUAAAUUUGUUCUGUCAAUCAUUACGUUAUUCCCAGGCUUAAUACACAAGGGUUUGCUUCACUCCAGUUGUGUUGAGGGAGUUUAUAUAAAAAAGGGGACACAAUCACCUCAUGAUAUUUAUGGAUUACCAUUGGAUAUAUUUGAAGAGGGAUGUUUAUUUCAACCUUACAUGUCUCUACACAACAUGACGUUACUUAGAAAGGCAAAAGUCAGCAGUUUUGUUGUUGGUGGCAGCAAUGUGUUAUUUAAACAACAAAUGCACUGCCCUUGGGAUGUUCUUGUUGACCUGGAAACAUUUACCCUGACCAUUCCUGAUCCAGAACUUGAGAAACUUCUUGACUUGUCAACGGAAGACUUAAGACUAUGCGAAUACGUUAUCGCUGUUGUGGAGAAUUCGUCCGAAACGCUUGGUUGGGAAGGAAGUGACGACUGGUUAAGACUACAGUUUAAAGCAUACUUAUUAUGUCUUUUGUCAACGGUGGAGAGUUCCCCACAGGAUGAGUUGCACGAGUUGCAUCCAUUCAACGGGCCGUUUUGUCAAGCUUGGACAGCCACUAACAAUUAUAGAAGGUGGUCUCAUACCGACCACCCUGGUAUGGAGCAUUUUCAUAAAGGACACCCGUUUCAAGGCGAUAUUACUAUUUCAGAUUUGCGUUUAAGAAUCAACCACAUUGCAGAAUCUUUUGCAAACGAAGAAACAAGAAAGAAAUUAGCACAAGCCCUUUCUAAAACUCAAAUUGCAUUUGGUGGAGCUUUGACGUCAGCCAAAACGACUCUGUCAUCUAUAAGAGCUUGGAUCAGUGGAAUGGUGCAAGACAUUGAAAUAGAAAUGAAAAAACACAGCGAUAAUAAAACACAGAACAGGAAAACAAUAGAUAUUGCAAGCUCCAAUAUGAUAAUAACAGAUAAAGAACGGAAAGGAGAACAAGUAAAAACAAUUGGUGAUGUUAUUGGUAAUGAAGAACCUCUAGAUGAUGGACAAGAGGUUACUGAAGAUAAUACUUAGAUUUAACUGGUUCUAAUUGCUUGAUGUAUGCUGCUUUCCAAUUCGUGUAUUUGCUAUAAUCAACCACAAGAACAGCAUUGUGGGAUACAGUUUUAAGAAAUAUGUUUUGAUGAAGUCAGAUGAAACAAUUUUUUAUUGACAAAAACGUACAUGGCGCUGAAAGAUUAGCAAAAUUGUGUAAUUUGCACCAACAUUAUAUAUAGCUAAUUUAACCAUAUACACAGUGGAGCUGCCAGAUAUAGCGACGAAAGAGUUAAUUAUUUUUUAUUUACAUAUUAUUCCUAUAAGAAGAAUUUUCUCUGUCGUCCUCUGUGUAUUAUCUAUUUUUUUAGCGAUAAUUUUUUGUUAAAACUUAAAGCCGAAGGAAUACGACUCAAUUUCUGGUUCGUUCAAAUUGUUCUUACGAUUUUAAAAAACUCUGAUUCUACUUGGUUUUUGUCUGAGCUUUAUUCUAUUGCUAUCAUUCAAUUUAUUAUUCUAGAUCAAACAUUGAUACCGUAAAUGACCAAUUUAACAGUCUGAGCGUUCCUUUUAAAUACGUAUUAUUUGGAUCUGUGUGCGUUUAUUUGAUCAGAUUUAAUUCUGCAGGGUUUGGCAUUGAAACAUAAAAUAAGAAAACGCUUUACUUGUAUUUAUAGAGUAGUUUUGAAGUCUAGGGUUAGUUGGAUUUUCUUUUUUAUUAGUAAUUUUAGGAAAACUUCACGGAAAGAUCUAAACCUCAGGAAAUGCCAUUUUUAAUGCUGUUCUAACUUUUCAGCUAGAUUUUACUUUAUCUUUGCAGAAUUUUUUUCGCGUAGUUAUUAAAAAUCAAGACUUAAUUUGUAUUUUAAUGAAGAAUAUCUCCGUAUUUAAAUUAUUACACGAAAAACAUGAAAAUGAAAUAUGUAUUUGCACGUAAAAGAACGGCACUCCUACGUCGUUGUUCGUACA